AUGUUCCUGGUUUUCUUAUUUAUUAGCAUAUCGAGUCUUCCGCUCGUCUUUGGGUACGAAAGAUUGAACAGUAAAGCGACUAAGUUGUUGGCCUCACAAUACCCACCUGAGAAUUUUUUAGAUAUACAGGAUUUGAACGGGCUACUGGCACCAAUUCUCAAACCUAGAGUUCCUGGAAGUAGAGGUUCGGAAGAAGUUCGACAGCAUUUUGCAUCUUUUUUUGGAUCACUUCCAAGCAAUGGCUGGACAAUCGAAUAUGAUGAAUUUACCGAAGACACGCCGAUUGCGAAGAACGUGAGCUUCACAAACGUGAUAGUUACUCGUGACCCUCCUCAUACAACUCCUGGAAAUGUUGGUAGAGUUGUUUUAGCAGCCCAUUACGAUUCAAAGUAUGAGCCUGAGGGAUUUAUUGGUGCUAUUGACAGUGCAGUGCCUUGUGCUUUGACGAUGUAUACAGCGCAAGUGCUGGAUGAAUAUCUAACUCAAAAAUGGGCUGUUUCAUCAAAUAAUAGCUCGGGUGUACAGAUAAUAUUUUUUGAUGGAGAAGAAGCUUAUAAGGAAUGGACGGACACAGAUUCAUUAUAUGGGGCUAGGCACUUGGCUGACAAAAUGGAGACUGAAGUCAAAUAUUCUGUGGACUCAUCGCGACGUACCGACUUGCAAUCUAUUGACGUGUUAAUAUUGUUGGAUCUCCUUGGACAUUCAACUUCAUCUAUCCAUAGUUAUUUUAGAGAGACUGACUGGAUGCAUAAAAGAAUGGCUACUAUUGAAGAAAGAAUCAGGCGACUUAAGCUCUCCAAAUUUGGCAGCGAAGAUAGUCAAAAACAGACGACUUUUUUCCCUCGGCCACCGAUUUAUAGUCUGGGCGGUCAGAUCGGUGAUGACCACCUUCCGUUUCUACAACGGGGGGUGCCCGUUCUCCAUUUAAUACCUUUGCCGUUCCCAAAUAUUUGGCAUACGUUAGAUGAUGACGGCGCACAUCUAGACCCUGCAACUGUUCACGACUGGGCCUUGAUUAUAGCACUAUUUAUGGCAGAGUAUUUUGAACUCGGCUCAGUAGUCGGUGGUUCCAGUGUAAAAGAGUACCUUUAA